UGCUUGACACAUCUCUCACGACUUCCAAAGGACACAAACUAUUUACAGACUGAUUUUAAUCCAAGCCUAAUUUUAUUUAACGAGGACUGGACUUUUCACCCGGUAAAGACUAUUUGCAGACUGCUUUUCAUCCAAGCCAAAUUUUAGCAAGCAAACAAGCAUUUUUCACUAUUUAAUAACUUUUAUUUAAUCAAAGUUGUUAUCUUUAUCAAGAAUAUUUGACAAACCUUUGUGAAAGAGGUUUUUUUCACCCCGGACAAGCUUUUCAUUCAGCAACACGUUUCAUUCAACUAACAUCAAUUUUAGUUUGCUUUAUUUCAACUUAUAACAAGUGUUUUUCUAAGUUUAUUGCACUAAACAACAUCAGUGGAGACACUCUCAGCUGAUUGUCAUCAUGAUUCGAAAGAUGCUGGACCACGCUAGAAAACACCCUGGGCUGGUCCCCCAGUUGUUCUUCAUCGUGUUGGGAAUGGGAGGGGCAGGAGCAUACCUCAUCCGCCUUGCCAAGGGGCCACACGUCACCUGGAGGCAUGCGAGUAAUCCAGAGCCCUGGAACAACCUACCCCCCACUUUCCAAUACAAGUUUGUGGCGGUCACCACAGACUACGAGAGCCUGAAAAAGGAAGGGCCAGACUUCUGAGGUCCUGCCCACGCCCAGACCCUGCCUUAUC